AUGUUGAAUCAAGAUCAUGAUCCUCAGAGGCAAAAUUCACGCCCACGAUUUGAUCCAAGAUACAGUUAUAUUUCACCUUCAAUUACAAAUUGUUAUCAUCGCAAACAACUGCAUACUCAAAAUGAUUCUUCACAACAACAACAACAACAACAUAUUAAUAAAAAUGAACAUAUGUUAUCGGAUUUUACAUCAUAUAAAGAGACAGCACAAAAUAACAGACAAGAUCAAUUAAUUCCAGAACAUGUCUUUUCAUGGGUGAACAAAAAUUUUGUUGAAAAAGAAAAGGCUUUACUAAUACUAAAUGAAUUAAAAAAUGAAUCGUAUGAAUGUCAAAAGUCAAAUGUAUUUUGGCGUUUUUCGACCACAUCUUUGCAUCCUUUUGGACAAUCUAUACCAGGCAUGAUUGAUCAAUCAUUUGAAGAAGUUAGAUGGGCAUUUGUAAUUUGUCAAAACAAAGAUCGAAUACAUUUCUAUGAAGCUGAUUAUACUAAGUACUGGGAAGAUGCCGAAAAACGUCUGUUGCAAUUGUCACAAUUAGAUCAAACGAUUUUGGACGAAAUUGUAGGUUAA